UAUCAAAAAAAUAUUUUCACCGGCGCGUUUCAUCUCCCGCCAACUACGAACCUCUUUUCUUUACUCUGCUGACGGCCAAGUAAACUGUUUAUAUAUUCUGAUCAAAGCACAACAUUCAUUGGGAAUGGCUCAAGCAGAAACCACAGCAGUCAAGAAAAAUGGCAAUUUGCAUGAGGGGGAUGAAAGCCCACCACUGAAGAAGCUGAAACAACUAGAUCUCAUGCAGAUGAAACAAGGCCGUCUACCAUUUAAACCUGUUGAUGUCAAGCCAAAGACAGGGUUAGGUAACACACCUCCCAGUUCUAAGAAGCGCAAACUGUCUGAUGGUGAAUCUCCUAGUGCUAAACCUUCAAAGACUCCAAAAUCACAGGAAAAAGCAGUUAUAGAAAUAAAUGAGUCUGAAGUCAGUUCUAGUUCCGAGGCUGAUCAUCAAUCCAGAAAAAAUAAAAUUCGUAACACCUUAGAAAGAUUUGUCUGUAGGACCUCGCAGGAAGAGAUCUCGUCCACAAACGAUGGUGUGGAUUUUACAGAAUCGAAAGGUUCCCCUAUCUGUAUCGAGAGUGAUGAAUCAGAUACAGAAAAGGAGAAAGAGAAUAUUCCUAAAACAACCCAGAAAUCCACAAAACAAAAAUCGCCAGUAAAAUCAGAAGAGAAAAAGCCAGUAGAACAAGAUGACAUGGAAGUCGACUCUCAAUCUGCGGACGAAACUGCAGAGGAGAACGAGAAGUCACAAAAUGAGUCGGAGAAUUCUUCCACCAGCCCAGAUUGUGCAACACCAGCCAAGGACAAAGCAUCAGAUUCUAUCUUGAAGACCCCAACCUCUAAACUCUCCGAUUCUUUGCUCAAGACCCCUAAGUCGGCGUCAGAUCUCAGCUGUAGUGACAGUACGCCUGGUACUGCAAAACGAGCUCCAAGGAGGUUGUCUGAUGCUAAAAAGCAGGAAAGAGAUGCGAGAAGGCAAAAAAUAAAGGAAGAAAAAGAGAAGCAAAUGGAAGAAAAACGACAGAAAAAAGAACAAGAGAAAAUGGAGAAAGAGCGCGAGAAAGAGAGAUUGAAGAAAGAGAGAGAAGAGGCCAAGGCAGAAAAAGAGAGACAGAAACAAGAGGAGAAGGUAAAAUUAAUAUUUAAUUACUAUGGAAUCUAUGGGUUCAAUGUUCUUGGGGCCGAAACAAGGAAGUUCGAAAGAGAUAAGUUCUGUAUGAUUAAAAAAUUUAUUCAAAUGAAUUCUUUUUUUUUCCAGAGACAAAAAGAGCAGAAGCUGAAGGAAUCCUUUACAAAUUUCUUUGUCAAACCUAAAACUUCCCCAACAGCAAAGACCAGCAGAGAGCCAGUGGGGAUGUUCAUGCCAUUUGAGGUGAAGAAGGACAUGCUGCUAGCUCCCAAAAUAAGGAAGGGGUUGGACUCAGAGUCCAAGGAGAAGCUGGACCAGUGUCUUCAGAAGCAGGAUGUGAAGGAUCUGUACAUUUCAGAGCUGAGGGGUGGUAAAUUUAAACCCAGGAAGCACAAGGGAACUCCUGACAAUAGGACUAAGGAGGAUGAGGUUGUUUUGGUCCACGACUCAGAGACGGUAAAGAGCAUCACCUACCACUGUAAACUGCUACAGUUCCACAUGAACUACCGACCCCCCUACUACGGUACAUGGAGAAAGAGGAGCAGCAAACUAAGUCCAAGGAACCCAUUCAAAAUGGACAAUGACUUGUUUGAUUAUGAGGUAGACAGUGAUGAUGAAUGGGAAGAAGAGGAGCCAGGGGAAAGUCUGUCAGCUUCAGAGGGAGAAGAGGAGGAGAACAAUGAGGAUGAGGAGGAUGAAGAGGCAGACUGGAUGGUUCCUCAUGGUUACCUCUCAGAGGGGGAAGGCUGUGAAGAUGAGGAAGAGGAGGCGACUGAUUUGAAGAUGAGGUGUAGAAAGAAGCUAGAGCAGUGGGAGAUGGAGCUGAAGAGACAGACAACCCCUGCCCUACCCAUCAUCAUGGGCUGCUUCUGGGAACAUGCUGUACACGAACUACAGAAAGACCUGCAGGAAAAACUGGCUAUUUACAAGGCUGUUCCUCUCGUUGAUCAACCAAUUGACACCAGUUUUACAAAGGCCAGGUCCAAGAAAGCUGAGAACACUCCAUCAGAGAAGAAGGAGGAGAGUAAGAAGGGGCAGUGUAAACCCGUCCCUGAGGAAGCCAUGCCAGAUCUUAUUAGACUUGUUCAUGGAAACCUAGCAGGGAUUAAAAAACUAGUCAAGGAAUUCCGAUUAUACUGGAAACACAAAACAAACGAAAAACAAAUGGAAGUCAAUGAAAAAUCAGAGGAAAAGAUGGAGGUAGAGGAGAGUGUUAAAAAACCCGAUGAAUCCAAAACUGUCAAUCUGGAUGAAUCGGAUGCGAAAGAGGGCCCCGAAACGAAGCCAAACUCGGAAUCUGAGGAUGAAUUCAGUAUCUCAAAAAGGCAGCUGGAAAUGAAGAUUACCUCAAUAGCUACCAGGGAGAAAAGAGACUCCUACAAAAAAAUCUGCUGGUACGUGAAUGAUUCAGUGCUAGAACAAUACAACCUUAAGGAUUUGCCUGUACCUAGUGCUUGGGAGUUCAUCAGUCAACCCAAGAAGACCCCCAUUAAACCUAAGGUCGAGGAGCAGAUAAAUGCUGGCCGUAAAACUCCAACUGUCUCCAUCACCCAGUUUGCUAGACCCAUGUCUCCUUCUGCCCUACAAGCUCAGUUCGCAGCGGCUAAUGCUGCAGCUCUCGCCAAUAAACAGAAACAAGCAGACGAACAGGCUGCCAAAACUGCAGAGCAGGCCGUCAAGGUCACCGAGGUACCUCAACAGAAAACAGCUGCACAGUCCAAAGAGGAGUCCAAAUCAGACCAACCCAAGCUGAAUUUCUUCUCCCCCUCCAGGCCUCAGCAGUGGAAGAUGGUGUCCACCGGGUCUUCACCUAAGGACAGCAAGCGGUUAGUCUUGAUGUCCAGUCAGCCCUCGGCAGGGAAAAAGGCGGGAACCACUAACCAGGACACAGGAAAAGUUGAUACUGUUUCUAGCCCCAGCUCCAGCAAGACGAAACUGGUACCAGCUAAUCAGUCAGCAAUACCUGCAGGUUCUGAUGAAAAGGCUAAUAACAGUGAGGCAACUUCUGAUGUUCAAACCACAGGAGAGAAUUCCAGGGAAGCUAUUGUGUUGGACUAAAAAACACAGUUGUGAUAUGAGAAGGACAUGAAGCUCAAGAAAUUUUGAUUUGUGUCUGAAUGUAAAAGACAAUUUUUGUGCAACUCAAUUUUGAACAAUAUUUAUUCAUUUAUGUAGUAAUUUGCUUUAUAAAACCAAUAUACUUUUGUAUAGAGUAAA